UGUUCUUCUGACGCUCUCUCUGGUGUCUCCAGACUGAAGUCAUGGAAUCGGACAACACUUUACGUCCUGCAGUCUGAUCCUUUCAGGAAUCAUCGGAUCUGAUGGGAUAUUUAAGGAUGUUUUUCCCUGAUGUCUCUUAUUCACUGCUGUUGUUGGGAAUCUCGUGUCUGACCUGCUUCACUAAGACUUCACAGGAGUUCUCAGGUUAUUUGUCGCGUGUUCUGAGGAAUUACACCGAACAGGCGUGUGACGGAGAAUUCCUGACUGUUCGCUGCCCGCCCAGAACCUCCAUCACCGUCCAAUCGGCUUUCUACGGCAGAACAGACCCCGCCCACUCCCCUCAGUGUCCGUCCCCUUAUAGCAGUGCUGGACCACGAUCAGUGAAUAAUAUCACUUCCUGUCAUGUGUCCACAUCCUUGCAGAAGAUGCUGGAUGAAUGUGAGGACAAGAGAAGGUGUCAGGUUCUUGUCAACAGUCGUUUGUUCGGGACGGACCCCUGUCCCACCGUCAGCAAAUACCUCAGCGUGCGCUACAAGUGCAGGCCCAGUGAGUAUAAAAGUAAAGUGGUGUGUGAAGGCGAGCGCUUGCGGUUGGGCUGUAAGACGGGGAUGCAAAUCGCAGUUUAUUCGGCCAUGUUUGGCCGCACGCAGCAGGGAACGCUGGAGUGUCCUCCACACCACCAAAGGGCACAGUCUGUCGACUGCUCGUCAGAUGCGGCUCUGCAGGUGAUGACAUCACGUUGCCAGGGGAAACGCUCCUGUGUGGUCCGCGCCUCCACACAAGAGUUUGGCGACCCCUGUUACCGUGGCACCCGCAAAUACCUCAGCGUCAUCCACACCUGCGUCCCAAAGAAACUCGUGCAGGAGUCGGUUUCCAGGCAUCCGUCGUUCCCCUCUCCCCCGUCAGUGCCUCAUGACCCCAACGUGGUGGGAGACAGCGCCCCUCCUGACGGGACCCCGUCUCUGACCUCGGACUCCGCGCCAGGGAGGUCGACACGAGGCCGGAGUUCUGGUCCGUAUUCAGAAGAGACGGAUCAGUCUGGAGAAAACGAUCCAAACCCAACCAUCUCCACUGUAAUCAGACCAACCAUGGCCCUCAUCACCAGCAUGUUGGCGGCCUACACCUACAUCACAGAACACCCGGAGCGCUGUGCGCUGUAUUUCAUGUGCGGCGUCUGCGCCGGUCUGUUCCUCACGCUCUUCGCUCUAGUGGUUCAGAUUUCCUGCCGUACAGACUGUAAACCUCGCCAUGCUGUGGCUAAAAAGCGUCCGAGACCUGCGGACUCCGACAGUGACACCAGUGACUCUGAUUCAGACUGGGACUCAAGCUCUGACCUCUCGGCCCGAAGGCACCGGCGCUUUGAGCGCACGCUCAACACAAACGUCUUCACGUCGGCGGAGGAGCUUGAGCGAGCGCAGCGACUGGAGGAGAGAGAGCGGAUCAUACGAGAAAUCUGGAUGAACGGACAACCGGACGUCCCGGGAACGCGUAGCCUAAACCGCUACUACUAGAGCGCCGCCUCUGAUCGGACACAUCCAGAUGGGAAGCUACCAAUGGGACGCUAAAGCGGCUGGAGUCGUAACCUAGUGUGGCAUUAAACUGCAUAUUUGAUUUGCAGUGAAAUAAGCUCUUUGUUGAGGCGCGGUUCAUCUGUAGCUUCAAUAUGCAGAGGUGAAAGGUCAAAUGUGGAUUUGGGAAUAUUCCUACUUGAUGUCCAGCAGCCACAUCUUGAUGAAAUUCCAGUAGGAAGUGGUAUUUUGUUGCACUUCUAAAUAGGAAGUUGGACAUUUUCUGAAGCAUGUGCCUGAAGCUAAGGAUCAUGGGAGAUGUGGUUUAUUUGAAAGCUGGGUCUAGGAGUCUGUAGGCAGCUCUAAGAGGUGUGAUAAGCUCUAAGCACUGUGAUUGGUCCUUCACUCCACCUGUCAAAUAGUGAGGACGGCUUUCUGUAGGGAGAGACCUGAUGAAAUUAAGUGCCUUCCAGUUUGAUUUGACAAAUACACAUAUACAGUGGGACUAAAACACAUUUGGACACUUGCAAAUAUCUGAAUGUCAUUGCAUUGGGAAACAAAUAUAACAAACCAAGCUGCAUCAGCAAGCAAAUGAUGCUGAAGCUUCACUUUUCUGCAUCGGUUUUGCUUAAUCACUAUUUUAUCUCAUCCACAAAGUGUCAUCUUUUGUUUUUUUUUGGUAACACUUUACAAUAAGGCUCCAUUUCUUACCUACAUUAGUUAAUACAAACUAACAGCAAAAAUAUUUCUAAAGCAUUAAUAAAAGCAGAAGUUGUAUGUUUGUAUUUAAUGGACCUGAAGUAUGCAAUCCUGUAAAAUAAAAUAAAAUAAAAUAAAAUAAAAUAAAAUAAAAUAAAAUAAAAUAAAAUAAAAAAAUAAAAUAAAAUAAAAUAAAAUAAAAUAAAAUAAAAUAAAAUAAAAUAAAAUAAAAUAGGCAAUUUUUGUCUUUUAAUCACAAAAUUAAAUUUAAUCUCAAGAUUUUUUUCUUGCAGUUCUAUAUAUAUAUAUAUAUAUAUAUAUAUAUAAUCUUGCAAUUAUUAAAUAUUUAUUUAUUUAUUUUUUUUUUUUU